CAUGGAAACCGAAGAAGAACUUUUCUCAGACGAUCAGGUCGAUAAUGACGACAUUGCAACAACCGAUUGCGACAUUAAACAUGACAGAUGCAUUGUCCAUAUUGACAUAGAUUGCUUUUAUGCUCAAGUUGAGAUGAUUGAGAAUCCGAGCCUAUAUGAUAAACCUUUGGGAAUACAACAAAAAAAUAUUUUAGUAACUUGUAACUAUGUUGCCCGGGAAAGAGGUAUUGGAAAGUGCACCUCACUAUUCGAUGCAAAGAAAAUUUGCCCAGAAUUAGUUUUAGUAAAUGGGGAAGAUUUAUCAAAAUAUAGAAAAAUGUCUCAUGCAAUUACUGAAUUACUUAAGAAUUUCUCAAAGCGAAUACAGAGAUUAGGAUUCGACGAAAACUUUAUAGACGUAACCGAUAUAGUCGAUAGCAGAAUUGGAUUGGUGGAUGAGAAAGCCACUGGCCACGUUUAUCAAGAAAUGAAAAAUCCAUGUAUUUGCGAUUGCCAUAGAAGAUUAAGAAUUGCAUCUUGUAUAGCAGCGGAAAUGCGUCAGAAACUCUUUGAUGAAUUAAAAAUAACUAGUUGUGCUGGUAUUGCACACAAUAAACUUCUCUCAAAACUCAUAUCAGGAAACCACAAGCCUAAUCAACAAACGUUAAUCUAUCCUGAGUCGGCUAAAUCCUUUAUGUACACCCUUCCUUCUCUUCGUAGAAUACCUGGAGUAGGCCAUACUAUGUUCGAAAAGUUAAAAAUGAUUAAUAUUCAAACGGUUGAGAACGCUUUAACUGGCGCAGCCGAUAAAUUAAGGGAAGCGCUUGGAGAAAAGCGGGCAAUUUGGUUGAAACACUGUUGCUUAGGUAUCGAUUAUUCUCCUGUUACUCCAUCGGGACCAGUGCUUAGUAUUAGUGACGAAGAUUCGUUCAAAAAAUGUUCGACUGUAAAAGAAGCGAAAGAUUGUAUGAGUAAACUGCUCGAUAAAUUAAUUUUACGGAUACUCGAAGAUGGUAGACGUCCAAAAACAGUACGUUUAUCAGUUAGACACUACGAAGAGGGAUCUUGGUCAAAACGUAUUAGCAAACAGUACAAUUUGGAUAAAUUAGAUUUAUUCUCUAAUAGAUAUGGGAGCGAAGAGAAGCGAAAAACCAAACUGAAUGAAAUAGGUUUCGAACUUUUUCAAAAGCUAGUUGUCAUCAAUAAGCCCUUUCACUUGACCUUAAUUAGUUUAACUUUUGCUAAUUUUACAAAAUCAAAUGAAAAGAAUGGUUGUUUGCUAUCUUAUUUAACGAAAGAGACGAUUACUUCUACAAACUCCUUAAAACGCAAAUCGGAUGAUUUUACUGACAAGGAAACCAACAAAAAAAAAAGCGAAAAAAGUAUUAAAUCGUUUUUUAAUAACAAAGAGAAGAAAGCCAAUACGAAGGACGAAGACGACGACGUGAUAGAAAUCUUAACUGACGUUUCUUCAACACAUACACAAAAGCAACGUCCCAAACGCACCAUUCUGGACUUUUAUUUAAAGUAA